UUUCAAUAUGAUGAAAUUAAUAUGCAGCAACUUUAUGAAAUUAACAUGCAGAAUGCACAAAAUACAACUUCCUAUGCAACCAUUAGCUUACCACAUGGUAUUGAUGCACAAUUCAUAAAUUAUUUUGUGACAUCACCUACUGUUGGAAGAAAU